GUUUUCCCGUGUUGCGUAGGUAGCAAGUUGGCCGGGACUAACAAUGGACACUCAGAAGGACGUUCAGCCUCCAAAGCAGCAACCAAUGAUAUAUAUCUGUGGAGAAUGUCACACAGAAAAUGAAAUAAAAUCUAGGGAUCCAAUCAGAUGCAGAGAAUGUGGAUACAGAAUAAUGUACAAGAAAAGGACUAAAAGAUUGGUCGUUUUUGAUGCUCGAUGAAACCUGGGAAUUCAGAGAAAUGUCUUCACUUAUACUUAGAUUUGCUCUCUCAAAGUUUCUAAUUGUUGUAUAGCUUUUGAUUUUGCAUACAGUAGUUUCCCCUUCAGGGGAUGCAUCCCAAGGCCCCCAGUGGACUCCCGAAACCUCAGAUAGUACCAAACCUUUAUACACCUUUUUUCUAUAUAUACAGACCGAUGAUAAAGUGUAA